AUGAAGUGGGCAGCAAGAAAUAGCAUAUCGCUGUUACGAUCUGCAAAUUAUAUUUUGUCUGAAAGAAUUUAUUGUAGUGUCUGGACCAAAUGGCAACAACCGCGCAGAAGCCGUCGCCGAGACAAAACACAAGAAAGAAAGCGCUAUAAAAACACCUCGCUCAAUCGCACGCACGCCGCCGUUUUUACCUUUGUAACGACCAAUAAACGUUGUACACCUGUGUCGUGUCAAGCCAGUCAAGUCCGUAUAUGGUGCAUCGGCCGCACACUUACUGAUCAAGGAAUCAAAGGACCCAAGGACGUUCCGAAAAUGGAAAAGCCUACGCAACGCCACGCACGAACCUCCUCACUCUCGCUCGACCCCAUUCGACUUACGCAACUGAGAAAAAUCAUCAGUUUCCUCGAAGAAAUAAAACAGGAAAUCAAAAAUCUACAACAAUCAGUCGAUUCCGUACUCGAAGAAACCAAACAGUUAUCGCAAGAUCAGAAAGACGCGCAUUCCAACGACGACCAGAGGACGAGUCAUGAUGAUUCAGACGACACCAACACAGAAGGCAAAAAGGAACAGGCUGCCAUACUGAAAAACAUCGAUUUCAUGGAAAGCCUGGAAAAGGAACGAGAAGAAAUGGACACCGAUGCUGACCACGAAGCUCAACAGAAAGAAAUGAGAAAAAUACAAAUCCUGCAAGAAAUCGAACAGCUACGACAAGGAAGAAACAAUUUUAACCAAAUCAUAGAUGAACUCAAACAUCAACGUUUUUGCCCUCCAAGAAAUUUCGAUGAAGGGCCCAUCACCUUUGAAGCAGAUAGAGCCACACGUUGCGCAUUUUGCGAACUACGCGGCGAACACUAUUCAGACAAAUGUCCAUCGUUUCGUGAUAUACAAGAACGCUGGAGAAUCUUGGAACAAAAAGGAAGAUGUCAACUUUGUUUAGAAUUAUAUUGCGUCGGAGGUAAUCUUUGCAGAAAAUUUGGCACUAAAUGUUAUCAUUGCAGAAGUCAGAACCACCACUCCGCUUUAUGCGAUCUUCCAGAGAAAAGCGAACCUAUAUGGCAACAACUCGCUAAUGCUCACGAUGGACUCACACAAUGCUCAGCAAAAAUCCAACAACUGGAAAAAGAAUUAUCCAUUAUUGAAAGUGACUUACAACUUUAA